CGACUGAAAGGCGGGAAGAUUUUGGCCCCGCCGUCCUCUGUGCCUCAACCCUGGCAUUCCCACAGCCCACCGCCUCUGCCACUGCGUGCUCGGCUCAAGAUCCCUCCUUCGUUUGCCGUCGACUUCGUCGCCAUUCGGUCGCGGCUCGGACCCCACAACUUACACCUCUCGUUUCAUCGGCAACUUUGAGCUGCAUGUUGCGAGGAGGUGCUUUGAUUCCAACUUAUGAUUCGUUCUCGACGCCUCGUUCACCACUUCCUAUCUAUCCGAAUUUCCGACUAAGACGAAGUCUCGGCACUGCCCUCGGAAAUAACAUCCGGGGAGACGGAGCUGAAGUGAAGGCGCUGUCCAGAGGAGACGCGCAAAAUGGGUUGGCGAGAGAGCUACUUGGACGCAAUUUUGGUGCCUUUAGGUUUGAUUCUGAUGUUCGCGUAUCAUGCUCAUUUGUACUACAAAAUCCGCACCAGCCCCCUGGAUACAGUCAUCGCCAUCAAUCACUUGAAUCGACGCGCUUGGGUUCAUAAUAUUAUGUCGGACAGCAAAGCCAAUGGAAUUUUGGCUGUUCAAACAAUCCGUAACAGCAUAAUGGCUUCGACACUUCUCGCCGGGACAGCCAUAACUUUGAGUUCUCUGAUAGGAGCUUUGGUUGCGGGGUCGUCUACCACUUACAACAGCGUGAUUGUCGUCGGUGCCUUCGGUAGCACAAUUUUGGCUGUCAAGUAUCUCAGCAUUCUGUGCUGUUUCCUGGCUGCGUUUGUGUGCCACGUUCAGGCAAUCCGGUAUUCGAGCCAUGUCAGCUUCCUCAUCACAGUUCCAGUCGGAGAAAUGGCCCCUGGACUCUCUGCAGAGUAUGUGAAUAGAAUGAUAUACAGAAGCUCCAAUUUCUUUUCCCUUGGGCUCAGAUGCUACUAUCUCUCGUUUCCUUUGCUUCUGUGGCUCUUUGGCCCCAUCCCUAUGUUCGUUUGCUGCCUUCUCAUAGUCUCCCUGCUCAAUAUCGUGGACACUGCCAAGGACUUCAAGCUCACUUUGCAUCACAGUGAGCAUGGCGUCAUCGAGCCCAGAAAGGAAGACAAGAAAAGUACCUAUACCGACGAGAUGAGGAGAAAAGACGAAGAAGCCAUGGACUAGAUUUACAUGUCCACGCUAAUGAUUUUGAAAGUAACCUAACCUAUUCUUUUCUUUGUCCUAAGAUGUGCAGUAGGUCGCAUUUUUUAAUGUCUUCGACUUUCGAAUGUGAACUCUUACAGUUCUCGGGAGCUCCAUCUUGCUUCCAGGUUAUAGUAGAUUGUCAGUCCAUUACCCUCGGCAGGAUAGAGCACCCCGAACUUCCAAUGUUUUCGGAACAGAGCGUUCAUCUGUGGGUUGAAGUACAGAGUAUAGUCAACUUAAUAAUACCAUUUCCAUCAAAGAAGAAUGCCGACUUCACGAAGACGGUAGUCAAGUUCUCGAAGCCAAUUCAAUUAAGCAUUCUUUGUACAAAAUAUGUGAGGAGUCUUUUCUUGAAAUCUAUCACCCACAUGGGGUUGAGCAAGAAGAGAUUCCAAUCUCCCCUUGUUUAUUACUGAAUACAAGAAGUAAAUGUAGACACAGCUUCGUGUCAG